AUGGACCGCUUCGAUGGCGGGCGAGCGUCGUUCCGGAUGCCCGGCGAGAAGGUGUUCAGCCCGACCGGCAAGCCUCCACAUGCAAUGUUCAAGACGCUCCGCCGGCUGCACGGCCAAAAUUUGGAGAGCCGCGGCUUGAACGACCUGACGGAUGCCUUCCAAAAUUUCGUGACGCGGGCCAGAUUCUUCAGCAUUGGCAAAUUGAGACGAACGUGGUCCCAGUCGGCGGCGGAAUUUAUGAAAUAUCGACGGCUGCUUCCGCAGCUCCUCGCUGACGGCCAGGAAUUUGGAAACGAUGAAGCUAAUGAUGCCUUCGAUGCCGUGCUCUCCUUCCAAGCUGGUCAAAAAGACGAAAGAAAGAUCGUCGUCGGAAAUAUCUCUUCUCGGGUCACCGCCUCCCAACUGCAAUCAUUUUUCUCAAGAUACGGAAAGGUCGUUCAUUGUUCACUGCCAAAGACCGAUUCCAAGAAGUCUCUCUUCUCGACCCUUCCCAAAUCCGCCAAGAACACCGGGACAGCCGUGAUUACGUUCAAAAAGCCGGAUGAAGCCGAGAAAGCCAAGGCCGCUUGUGAUGAGGAUCUGAAGUUCUACGAUCAAAUCAUGACUGUUUCCGCGUACGUUGCGAAGAAGAAGGGCGGAAAGGGAAUGGUGCUGAGCGAUGAUACGCCAGAUGAAUCCCGGCUUUCGCGCGCUUCUUCGACGCAAUCGUUGGCUUCGCAGAUGAGUGUUAGCGCCCAUGAGGGAACUUCCUUCAACCUCGACGCCUUGCCUGAUCGAGCGCUGGAGCACGUCCUUGCUAGUCUCCCGAUUUUCGACGCGAUCAAGUACGAGCGGGUCAACAAGCGCUGGAUGGAGGCCUCGAUGAAGUCUUGGAACCACAUCAACACCCUCACGUUUUCGCGAGAAGCCGACGGCCAAGGGCGCGGUUUCACGAAGCAGAGCCCGCUUUUGACUUCUCAGUUGCGGGCAAUCCUAAGGCGUGCUGGUGCCCACCUCCGAGCCCUCGAUCUUUCUGGCGUCGUCCAUCUACUCGAUGGCAAGGCUCCGGCCGUGAUCGCGGAAAGAUGCCCGAAUUUGAAAUGUCUGGACAUCUCUGGAAUCUCGGCGAGCUGGCAGUCCCUAGGUGAAUUGGGCGACUCCCUCCAUGGCCUCGAAAAGCUCUCCUACCGCGAUAUGAGCUGCGCCACCGACAAACACCUGUGGUUCCUCGUUAGGGGCUCGGCCAAGUCGCUGAAAUUUGUGGAGUUCCGAGGUUGUCGCCGCUUCCGCGGACGUUGUUUCCGUCUCUUUGGACAUCAUUUGGAGCAGCUGUAUUUGGACGGCUGCUCGCGGAUAGACGAGAUGGCCAUCGAGGAUCUCUGCACAAACGCGACACAGCUGAAAGAGUUGCGACUGAACGAGUGCUUUCGCAUCACGGACAGCUCGAUAAAUAUGAUCUCCCGAACGAUGCCCGAUCUACAAGCCAUCACGCUGUGCGGAGACAGCUUCACCCAACUCUCCAGCAGCGGCCUCUCCCAUCUGUCACGGCUGACGAAUUUGGUGGAGAUUGCCCUCGACUACAAUCCGCUGGUGUCCGACGAGUUGAUCAACCACUUGGUGGAGCACGCGACGGGCCUAAAAUGCGUGUCCUUGGCGAAUGCUGGCACUGACCAGUCGAUCUCGACGGCAGGGCUGAGACGGCUUGCCGAAUUACGAGAUUUGGAACAGAUUGAUCUCUCCUCCAUCGCUGCCGUCCGUUCCCCGGUGCUCACCGAUCUCUUCACAAAGUGCCCGAAACUCGAACUGAUCCAGCUCCGAAACUGUGUGUAUCUCUGCGACGACGGGCUGAGUCAGGCUGGCAAAUCGCGACGGCUUCGCCAUCUCGAUCUCUCUGGAAGCAUCUUGAUCACCAGCAACUCUGUGCAGGAGCUGAUCAAAGCCUUCCCGCAAACCGACGGCGCCACCACGAUCACCGUCGUCGUCGGCGGAACGGUGGCCGAAGCUUCAGCGCUGCGUGUGAAGGGAAGCCGAGUGGCCGUCGACUUCAGCGACUACUCCUCGCUCGUCAACAUGGCCGGCUCGCAGUGCUCCACGGGUGGUUUUCAGAUAGGAAACGACGACGACGAAUCCGACGACGAGUUUGAUGUGCUCACAGCGCAAAGGUCCUUCUACAUCGAUGCGAUCUGUGGUGAGGACGAGUCGCCGGUGCUCGAGAACGAAAAGGAAAUGCUCGAAUGGGCGACGCGCGAGGCGAAAAACCUCGGCCUGAUCAAGCAG